GCUGGUUGUCGACGUGUCGAAGGAGGCAUCGGUCGAGGCGCACAGUCGGGAAGUCCGCGCACUCGACGACGCAGGCGGCUUGGCGACGUACUUGGACGGCUCGCUGCUCGACGGUCAAGCAGGCGCGUCGGCGGUGGUGCGCUUCGGCGCGGGAGAGGAUGAGCUGUGGGGGAAGAAGGCAAGGACGAUGGGUCAGUACCAGUCGGUCUACGCAGCGGAGUUGGAGGGUGCGCGUCUUGCACUGGACGGCACCCAGCAGGCCCUCAGCACCACUCCAGCGCCCUCAGCCACCCUCUUCAUCGACAACCAAUCCGUUGUCCGCUCGCCGUUCGACCCAUCCCCCACAGCCGGACAAUACGCUCGACUCGCUCUGCGCACCCUUGCCCUGGCGCUCAAGUGCGACCACCCAACCACCCAACUCACCCUCCAGUGGCUCGCCGGCCAUUCUGCGGUGCCGGGGAACGAGUUGGCGGACGAAGAGGCGAAGAGGGCGGCGGAAGCUGGCAAUGACGAGGUGGGGAAGUCGAAGAGGGGACUUGCGAGCGGGCGCGGCGGGCGCAGGCGGGGUCCUAAGCUGUUCAGGCCAGACCGGAGCAGCGGCAGCUCAUCGUCAGCGGACGAGAGCGGGUGGGAGGAGGAUGAGGAGGAGCGGGCGACGCGCCUCGAGCGCGAAGUCGCUCGCCUCGGUCGACUCGACUCGUCGACGCUCGCGGGCCCCGAUGGGCUCGUCAAAGGAGGCAUCCUGCUGCCGAAAUCGCUAUCAUCGCUCAAGCAGGCCCACCGCGCCGCGCUGCCCACCCUUCGUACGCGCCCUACACUCCCUCAACAGAACUCACUCCACCCUCCUCGCCCGGCUUCGGCUCGACUUCAAUAA